UCUCAUCUGACCUCUCACGUUCAAAUUCCGCAGACGGCUCGUCAACAUUCAAUGAAUAGCUAGAGUUCAUGGUCUAAACUGAGUCUACAGCUCUGACACGCCGUAUAUAAGGACGACAAGCUUGGGGCCUGCCGUGGGUGCAUCUAGUUCAAGAGUGACGUCUGCUCAAUAUGCCUGGCCUCACACUUCCUCCUUUUCCGGACAACAUACCCACCCACCCCCUGUUAGUCGUCGACUAUGAGCUUUUAAAAGCAGGCGAUUCUGACGAGAUUGAUAAGCUGUGGAAGGCUGCGACAGACCUGGGAUUCUGGUACUUGAAAACCCACGGUGUCGAAAAUGAAGUCGAAGGGAUGUUCGAGAUGGGUGCUGAGACAAUGGACCUACCACUUGAGGAGAAACUAAAGUUUGACCAAGGCGUUGAAGGACGAGUUUUUGGAUACAAGGCUAUGGGAGCUAUGGCGACAAACGAGUACGGCAAUCCCGACAACAACGAAAUGAUUAAUGUCGCGAAGGAUGACGCAAUCGCAUAUCCUAAUGUGGUUUAUCGUACUUAUCCGUCCACAGUUUACGCACGAAUGCAAUCAACUAUCAUCCCAUUCGUUCGGAAGGCUGACGAGGCCAUCCAUACCAUUUACUCCGUCUUCGAAAAGAAACUCGGCCUCCCGGAGGGUGCUCUGCGCAAACUUCACCCGCUCACCGAGGAAAGUAGCUCAGAUGCUCGGAUUAUCAAGACUCCGCCGAAGAACAUGAAUCUUGACGGCAUAGUAGAAAAGGAUAAAGUGACACACGGUCCACACACCGACGUUGGAUCACUUUCUUUCCUGCACAAUCGGCUCGGCGGAUUGCAAGUUCUUCCUCCUGGCACCUCAGAAUGGCAGUAUAUCCUUCCCAUUCCUGGUCAUGCUAUCUGCAAUAUCGGUGAUACACUCGCGAUGUUCUCUGGCGGUAUCCUGUCCUCGAGUAUGCAUCGCGUUGUCCCGCCUCCCGGUGCACAAGGCGCAUAUACACGCUGGUCUUGCGUUCUCUUCUCGCGCCCUGCGAGUAAUGUACCUCUUCGAGCAUUGGAAGAAGGUGAUGCAGUGAAGGAGGCACUCCUUCGCAUGACUCCUGAGGAAAGGGCAAGGUACAACCCAGGUGUAACUCAGGGAGAAUGGUAUGUAAGGAGAGUGAAGAACUCCAGGCUCAAGAACAGAAAAGGACCCGAAACAUACUAUGCAAGCAGGGGAAUGGAGCACAAGCCCACCAUCAUCUGAUCUAAGGUUCCCAUGCACGAGAGUUGCGAAUGUGUCAGAAUUAUAAGAAAAUUCCUUUAGCAGCGAAUGCUUUGUCUAUGCUCAGAAAUUCAAAAGUAUAUGCC